AGGGAGAGAAGGGGCGGAAGGGGUGUGGUUGUGGAUUUUGUGGAUGUCCGACAGGAAAACGAAAACAUCGCGUAUUUCUUCUGUUUGUUUUCGGGAAAUUCACAAAUUUCCGGACGACUCUUUCGAGUUUUACACCAAAAAACUAAUAUUGAUCAUUUUUUUCUGAACCAUGGCUGCAACCCUGCGCCCUUAUCUAACCGCUGUCCGGCACACCCUCACUGCGGCAAUGUGCCUUGACAACUUUUCCUCUCAGGUCGUAGAGCGACACAACAAGCCAGAAGUUGAGGUAAGAACAAGCAAGGAAUUGCUGUUAACGCCUGUGUUGAUAAGCCGCAACGAGAAAGAAAGAGUCUUGAUUGAAGGCUCUAUUAAUUCGGUGAGAGUUAGCAUAGCUGUGAAGCAGGCGGAUGAGAUUGAGAGGAUCCUGUGUCACAAAUUCAUGCGCUUCAUGAUGAUGCGGGCUGAGAACUUCAUCAUUCUGAGACGAAAGCCAAUUGAGGGUUACGACAUCAGCUUCCUUAUCACGAACUUCCACACGGAGCAAAUGUACAAGCACAAGCUUGUGGACUUUGUUAUUCAGUUCAUGGAGGAAAUUGACAAGGAGAUUUCCGAGAUGAAACUUGCUGUGAAUGCCAGGGCACGCAUCUGUGCUGAAGAACUUCUGAAGAGGUUUUGAAUGUCCAGCAAAUUAUUUUUUACUUUUCAUGUAUUUUAUUCUAAGUUGUAGAGCGCAAAGCUCAUAAGUGGCCAAUGAUCGAACGGCGUUUUUAAUAAUUAAAAAAUAUGUAAUUGUUGCAGUCAUUCCUAACUUUAAGCCACUUCAGUAUCUAAGUUUAUCAUUAUUUUCCCUUGCUGUUCAUACAUUUGUGGAUUCAAUUGAAAUACAACUCAAUUAUAA